UUUUUAUUAAAUAUUAAUUAUAAGAAAUUAAUCAGUAGUAAAUAUUUGCAAAUUAUUAAGGUAAUCACAAAAGAUUUAUGGUAAAUCAGCUCCAAAUUGAUAAAAUUUCCAACUGAAUACGAAUAUUUAUUAAAAGUGAUGGUCAAUGAUAGACAAAUUGAUUUAAAUUUAUGUUAAGCAUUUAUUUCAAAAAGGGAUGCUGAUUGAUAAAUAUCAAAUAAUUGAACUUCGAUAACAUUAACUUCUUUCUAUUCCGCUGCUUUACAAAAAGUAAAUCUUUACUAGAUUUUACGGUAUUCUAAAUUUGAAUAAAGAUAAAUUGGAAUUUAUUCCUAAAAUUCUAGUAGUCAACAAAAUUGAUAAGAUAGUAAUAGAAUACAAUAUAUAAUUUAAUAAAAGAAAAGGCUGAUUAAUUAGUUAAAUAUUAAACUGUUAAUUAUUCGAAGUUUGAGUAUAACUCAUGAAGGUGUUCAACCAAUAUUUGAUACAGCAAUUCAAAUUACUGUAAAUAAAAAUUACAAGCCCUCAACUAUGCUUGAAAACCAAGUCAAUCAGCU